AUGCCUCAAUUCAAGCUUAAAGGUGUCUCCUCGCUGUCACUGCAACCCGGCGAUAAGCAAGAGGUUGAAGUCGAAGGCAUCGAGGGUGGCAAGGUGCUCCUCCUCAACGCCAGCGGCAUAAUCCAGGCCUUAGGGCCAAAGUGUACACACUACGGCGCCCCUCUCGCGAAGGGAGUCUUGACUAAAAGUGGAAGAUUGACCUGUCCUUGGCAUGGAGCCUGCUUUAACGGCCAGACCGGUGAUAUCGAGAACGCGCCUGCAUUAGAUGCCCUGCCGGUGUUCAAGGCCAUUGAGAAGGAUGGUGGCAUAUAUAUUGAAGGCGAAGAAGCAGAAAUCAAAGCAGCGAGACGAAAACCUAACUUCAAGUGUGCUAUUAGUGACGCGGCUCGAGAUAACAAAGUUGUUGUGGUUGGUGGCGGUAGCGGAGCAAUCGGCGCCAUUGAAGGUUUGAGGGAGAAGGGGUUCGCGGGACCAAUAACCCUGAUUUCCAACGAGGGCUAUUUGCCCAUUGAUCGCACUAAACUAUCGAAGGCCUUAGUAACUGACCACACCAAGAUCCAGUGGAGAGAUGACGCGUGGUUUGAAUCCGGUUCGGUUGAAGUGGUACACGACGAAGUCGUUGACAUUGACCUUGUAAGCAAGGCUGUCGUUACCAAGGGCAGGGAGAAGUAUACCUACUCUAAGCUCAUCCUAGCCACCGGUGGCUCGCCUCGAAAUCUGCCAGUGCAAGGGUUUAAGGUCCUCGACAAUAUAUUCCCAUUGAGAACGAUUCAUGACACGAAGAAGAUCGUCGCUGCCAUUGGUGAUAAGGGCAAAAAGAUAGUUAUUGUCGGCAGUAGUUUCAUCGGUAUGGAGGUAGCCAAUGCGACGGCUGGCGGCAACGACGUUACCGUAGUCGGUCAAGAGAGCGCUCCGCUGGAGAGGGUAUUAGGGAAGGAAGUAGGUGCUGGACUGCAAAAGGGGUUAGAAGGCAAAGGCGUUAAGUUCCACAUGUCAGCCGGUGUAGACAAAGCUGAACCGUCUAGCUCAAACACAUCCAAAGUUGGCUCAGUGCAUCUAAAAGAUGGUACAAAACUUGAGGCUGAUCUAGUUGUGCUGGGAGUCGGUGUGGCCCCCUCGACGGGAUAUCUUAAAGAUAAUAAGGUGAUCCGACUGGAGGAAGAUGGAUCCCUGAAGACGGACGAGAAUUUUCUCGUGGCUGGACUCAAGGACGUAUACGCGAUCGGGGACAUUGCCUCAUAUCCCUACCAUGGCCCAGGUGGCCAAGGCAAUUACACACGCAUUGAACACUGGAAUGUGGCGCAGAAUCAGGGGCGCGUCGUAGCGCAUCACAUCAUAAACCCGUCUCUGAAGCCAGAGUUUUUCACUCCGAUAUUUUGGUCUGCCUUGACAGGUCAACUCCGAUACUGUGGCAACUCGGUAAAUGGUUGGGAUGAACUUGUCUUGCAAGGCAAUCCAGGCGACGGGAAGUUUGUGGCAUACUAUUGCAAGGGUGAGACUGUGGUAGCGGUGGCUAGUAUGGGCGUAGAUCCGGCCAUGGCUCAGUCGGCGGAGCUCAUGAAGUUGGGCGGUAUGCCAUCAAAAACAGAGCUCAAAGGUGGGCUGGAUAUCCUCGGUGUUCCACUGACGGCUUAG